CAUUUCUGUUUCCUCUUGUUUAAUUUUGAACAGGUAGCAGAGGUGGAGCUAGAGAAGCUGAUACAAGAGGAGCAGCUGCAGCAAUCACACUCGAAUAGGGAAAUGAUUCUCAACCCCAGUUCUUACAUGUCAUCACUUGAAAAAGUUUCUAAGACGAAGAAGGCAGCAACAAAAAGUGGAUCAGAAGCAUUGAGCUCCCGAGAUGCCUUGGUUACCUCCCUCCAGCGCUGUCUUACGUCACGCACCAAAAUACCUGCAGCCCUCACUUUCCAGGGCACUUGUGGCACUUCCAAAACAAGGGUCAAAUUUCAGCACAACCUGAAAUUGAACAGGAAUUGACAAAGCAGUCAGGGAUGUAAAGUGUCUGAGCAUGAUGCAAGAAAAAUCAUCUUUUCAACAGGAACCUGGCAAAAUAAAUUUUGUUCCAAUAGCCAGAAUUUUAAGGCUUCCCCUAAAGUGAUGGUGACAGACAGAUGCUCACCACAGUCUGGUCUUCAGUCUAGCUCUCAUGGUACCCCACAUACUCCCAAUGCAUCAAAGAGCAUGCAAGUGAUCAAGAUUAUAACCAGGACUGGAAUAUCUAACCAACAUAAUUCAUCCACAGUCAUUACAGUAUUACCAGUGGCACAAAGUUGCAAUCAGAGUUCAGCUCCACCAAACCUCAUUACUAAUGUUAAUGGUGGAUUUCAUCACAUGUCCACAGGGACCUACACCAAUGGGCAGAAGGUAGUUGGGUCAAAUGAUUCUGUGACUGAAAGAGUCGCUGUUUCUGAUUCACGAGAAAGCAUGUGCAACCCUUACGCUGUUUAUACAGUGUCAAAUAAUCAUAUUGGCCAAAGAACUUUUGGAAGAGUAAGCUCUUCUAAAACCACCACUGCCUAUUCUUGGAAGAAUAGUAAAACAUUCUGUGAUAAUUCCCCUCCUAGCCACUCCUCUCAGCCUUCAGUUGUUGGGAUGGGCACCAACAUACCUUUGGGUCCUGCCUAUUCUUGGAAGAAUGGUAAAGCAUUCUGUGAUAAUUCCCCUCCUAGCCACUCCUCUCAGCCUUCAGUUGUUGGGAUGGGCACCAACAUACCUUUGGGUCCUGUUCAGCAUCAACUAAACAUCAGUGCUGGUCAGAAAUCAUCUGAUGGUUGUGAUCAAAAUAGGUAAGAUUUAGGUAAUCUCUGGUAAAUGAAUCUAGCUUUUUAUUUUUAUUUACAAUUUAACGAUUGUUUUAAAAUUUAAUGUUCUGAUAUUUUGCACAAUAACUUGUUUGGGAUUACUUUUUAGUCUUUUUUUUUAUUAUUAUAAUUUGGACCACCCAUGUUGCAUAAACAUUUGUAGGUAUUUGCACUUAUUUUAUUGGUCCCAUUUGCUGAAGGCUUAAUAUGCAAGAGUGCAUUUGUUCUUACCUAGCCUGUUAUCCAUUUUG